GUGACGUGAUCUCCAUAGCGCGCGUCGCCCUUUCCACUUUUCCACACGUAGCACACGUCGCGAAAAAGAUAAUGUCGUCGCGCAAGGAAACAGAAGUGAAUCAUCUGUGAACGUCGAUACCGCGUCGCAGCUCCGAGCUGUACCGUCUCGCCGUGUAUAUCGACGCACGAGAGAAAAUGGAAGCGGACUAUCAGCCGACGACGACGCUGAGCCCGUCGCGGACGCUGAUAGGAAUUGGCAACGACUGUGAAGAUCCAUAUCCUAGUCUAUCGGAUUAUCAUGAUUAUGAGCCAAAUCUGGAAUUUGACGAUACAGAAUUACAAACUACUUCAAACAAUGCUGUGCGACUUCUAGAGGAAAAAUUGGAUUUGGUGAGCAGUAAUGCGGGUACUGGGAUGGAUUAUCUGGAAAGCCCAGUGAGCGACGGGACGAUUGAGGAGAACUUUGAGGAAGCUUUGGUAGAUGCUCCGGUUAUCGAAUCUGCGGAAGAUCUAGCCGCUUUAGACGGGGAGCUCGCCGACGAGGAGGAUUAUCUUGACAUAUCCAGGCACGGCAUUGUAGAAGUGGUCGGCGAUGACAGUGCCGGUCGCAAGAUAAUAGUUGUGUCAGCCUGCAAAUUGCCUCCUAUUGGAAAGGAGACUUUCAAUCACGCUAAACUCCUUAGGUAUCUCACGCAUACUUUAGAUACAUUUGUGGAGCAAGAUUAUAGUCUCGUUUACUUUCAUUAUGGCCUUACGUCGAAAAAUAAGCCACCUUUAUCUUGGUUGUGGCAAGCGUAUAAAGCGUUUGAUAGAAAAUAUAAAAAGAACCUCAAAGCCCUUUAUUUAGUGCACCCGACGAAUUUUAUUAGGAUCGUAUGGCAAAUAUUCAAACCGGCUAUUAGUGUAAAAUUCGGCCGAAAGAUGAUGUAUGUUAAUUAUUUGGAGGAAUUAGCGCAGUAUAUUAACUUGGAUCAAUUAAUUAUACCUCCUCAAGUGAUAGAACACAAUGAACAAUUGUUGGUAAAAAAUAAGAAAAAUUUGCCAGCGAGCCCGCCGCAGAGCGCGGUGGUCACGCCAGUCGGCACGACACAGUUUGGCGCUAGUCUGCACUUUAUAAAGGAAAAUAACAACAGCGAUCCGAUACCACCGAUUCUAAGGCAAUGCGUGGAAUUUCUCGAUACACCUGACGCUCUGGAAACAGAAGGGAUAUUCAGACGGUCGGCCAACGUGACAGUAAUCAAGGAACUUCAGAAUCGCUGUAAUCAAGGCUUACCCAUUGAUUUCCAAGGAGAUCCGCAUAUCGCCGCGGUUCUACUCAAGACUUUCCUGCGUGAAUUAGACGAACCGCUUAUGACGUACGAUCUGUACGACGAAAUCACGCAAUUUCAAACACUAUCGAAAGACGAACGUCCGCGCAAAGUUAAGAUAUUAAUACUGGAAAAACUUCCGGAAGACAAUUACCAAGUCCUUAAAUACGUCGUACAAUUUUUGUCGAGGGUAAUGGACCGAUGCGAUCUGAAUAAGAUGACGUCUAGCAAUCUCGCGGUCGUAUUCGGACCGAAUCUAGUUAGGGCACCACCAGCGCGCGGAAUGUCCCUCUCCGCGAUAGGACCCAUAAAUCAAUUCAUAGACUUUUUAUUCACCAAUCAAGAUAAGAUAUUUAUUAUUUAAGAGUAUAAGAGUGAGCACCAAGAUGGGUGACGAUGUUGGGGCCUAAUCAUAAACAUUCGAUUGUCAACAUUACCACGCGUACAACGUCCGCACUUUCGUUCAUCGAAAUAUUUUUAUAUCCGAUGUGAUAUAUAAGAAAAAACGAGGGUAGAGAAGAGUAUGUUCGUUUACACGCGAUUUUGCACAAGAUUUUUUAAUACAAAUAGGUACAAAUUUAUCAUUUUUCGGACGAGAGAGAGAAAGAGAGUAGAACGUUCAAAUAGAUUUCGGCUGUGCGAUAUUAAAACGCCAGCCUUCGAAAGACAACGUAUGUGUAUAUUUAAAGAAAAAUUACGACCGAAUACCAAAGAUAAAUGAGAACGUCAUGCAGUAAAUAUAAUAUGUAAGAUUAUCUAAGA